GCGCUGACGAUUAUCUCUUUCUUGUCAUCUCGCUCGCUUGCCUGCUUGUGCUCUUUGCAUGCCAUUUAUUUAUUUACAUCUAACGCAAGUUUAUUGGCGGUUUUGAUUGACUUAAUUGUGCCGGUUUAUUCACCAGUAUGUCAUCUUUAAAGUCAGUGAAGGGUCUAGUUGGACUGGUUACAGGUGGUGCCUCUGGUCUUGGGAGGGCUACUGUAGAAAGAUUCUUAAGAAAUGGAGCCAGAGUAGUCAUUGUAGAUCUGCCAAACUCUCCCGGUGAAGACCUAGCUAAAAGUUUUGGAGAUGACUGCAAAUUUUCUCCUGGUGAUGUCACUUCAACAGAUGAUGUAACGAAAGCCAUAGAUACUGCUAAGGAAUCGUUUGGACGUCUAGAUGUAGCUGUAAGCUGUGCAGGCAUAGGUGUAGCGGCCAAGACCUACAACUUUAAUAAAGACCGACCCCACCCACUAGAAGAAUUCCAGAGGGUCCUGAUGGUCAACACGGCGGGUACCUUCAAUGUAGCAAGACUGGCUGCGGGAGCCAUGGGUAAAAAUGAGCCCAAUGCUGAUGGAGAAAGGGGGGUAAUUAUCAACACAGCCAGUGUAGCGGCCUAUGAUGGACAGAUGGGUCAGGCAGCAUACUCGGCUUCUAAGGGUGCCAUUGUUGGCAUGACACUGCCGAUUGCAAGGGAUUUGGCUUCUCAAGGGAUUAGAGUUUGCACCAUUGCACCAGGUCUCUUUGAUACUCCACUUUUGGCAGGGCUUCCAGAGAAGGUGCGUACCUUCUUGGCAAGGAGUAUCCCCUUCCCCAACAGAUUGGCCCAUCCUGAUGAAUAUGCCCACAUGGUAGAAUCCAUUGUUGAAAAUCCAAUGUUGAAUGGGGAGGUGAUACGUGUGGAUGGGGCUCUCAGGAUGCAACCAUAAAAACUCUCCAAGAUAGGAUAGGACAAAUCUCACCAACUAUGGUGAGACAAGUCAUCAUACUCUUGUUAUGGCAUGCAGUAUUCUCUUCAAAUUAUGAAAGAUGGACCGAGAAUGAGUGAACAAUAUUGGAAUAGAAUGGUCAUGUAAUUUUGAUAUAUGUCAUUACCGAUUUCAAUAUAAAUUCAGUGCAAGGCAUCUGAAUGUUAAACCCAAAUUAUUGGGCUUGAUUCCACCUGUGUUGUGUGUUAAUAUUCAGGUUAUGUUUUAUCAGAAAAUGCUCUAUUCCUCAGGUAAGAUGUUCAAUGGAGGCACUUUGUAAACAAGAGUCAUCACCUUAGUAUGUUAAGAUUAGAACCAAUUGCACUAUUUGGAUGGGGAACCCCGGUGUAGUGUUCCACCUGCACACAUGUAAAUUCCUGGAUUCAGUUUGCUUUCCCCUUCCUGGCAAAGGUAAGGGAAAACAAAAUGAUAAUGAUAUCAACAAUAUUUCCUAACAAUAUAUUUUUAAAGAUUAUUGGAAAUUCAUUCAAACUGAUAAAAAUUGUGAAGGUUUGAGGUACCCGGUAUUUGUAAGUUAAUUGUAAAGUUUUAUGAAUGACAAGAAAGUAAAGUGCCAAAAUGUGAGCCCAAAGGUUUUUGCACUAAGUCAAAGUGCAACAUUUUAUUUUCACGUCACUAUGUCAAUUACCUAACACUAAUAAUGUAUGUUCAUGGUUUAAACUUUGGCUAAUGUGAUAAAAAUAUGACCGCGGGACCAGUAGCUUGUCAUAUUCUGAUAUUUUACAAAGUCGUGCUUCACUGUACAAACAACUUAAUUUAAAAUUUUUAACCCUUUUAAGGACGUUCCACAGUUAAAGUGAAAUCCAUGUCAUUUUCACCAAACUUUGCAUAUAGAUAUUGUAGAACUUUAAUAUUCGAAAUAUGCAAAAAUUAACAUAGGUCCAUGUGCUUGAUUUUUUUUGUAUAGAGCUUCAAAGUUCACCCAAAUUGAUGUUUUUAAGAAUUGCGCAUUCAAAAGAAUUUGGCAUUUUUAGACCGCCCAAGAUUACAACAAUGAGUUUAAACGUCUAUUACUCCGUCAAAAUACAUGAAAAAAUCAUCAAAUUUCGCAAGAGAGUUCAUAAUUGUAUCAUUAAAAUGGAGAAUCUAUUUAUAGUGCUAUUUGUUUGCAAUUUUAAGUUUAACAACACUGUAAGUUCUUGGAAAUGGCGUAAAAGAUAACAAAAUCCCAAUAAAAAAAUGUGAAAUUUCAGUAACAAACUACAAAAGUACAAUAAAUGCUGCACUUUAUUCAAAAUCCAUGUCAUUUUCACAAAAAUUCACUGUUGUAGAGGAAGGUAUACCUAAGAGGUACAAACAUUACAAAAUAGGGGUUCAUGUGCUUGUUUUUAAACUAUUAGCAUUUUUAUUAGAGCAAACAUGCUUUUAAAACACCAAAAAUGCGCCGAAAGCUUUGUAUUGAUGUGAAAAAAAAAAUCAAAACCACUCUACCAUUUAUUCAAACUCGGGGUAAUAUUCAUGAUUCUUGGCAGCACUGGUGAGUAAAGUAUUUUGAAAAUGUAGAGAAUUUUUUUUUAAUGGUCCAUGGAAUAAUUCAAUUUUUUAGCUUUAUGAAAUAACGCAUCGGAUCUGCUGUUAAAGUGAAGAUGAGAAAAAUAAGCUCAUACCCGCAGCUAAUUUAUCACCUGUUCAUCCAUUGUGACGUCAGCGCGCAGAGUGUAAACUAUGCACAGAUCAUAAUGCACACAAACAUAACUGUGGAACGUCCUUAACCAUCACUUAAUAUUCCAGUUGUUUAUAAAGUCAUG